AUGGGGGUUCAUCGGCUCAGGGGCGCGCUUCUCUUUCUACCAUCGGAUCUCCAAAAUUGGGGAAUCCACGUAGAGAUGGGAGGCCAGUGCCAUACGCUUGAUAUGGUGGAGACUUUGCGAGCACACCCGAUCCCAAUUGCUAGCUUACGAGUAUGCAUCAAAUGUAUAUUUAAGCUGCUGAAAUCUCCUAUUAUCUAAUUUUUUGUGUUGGGAUAUGACUGGUUUUUAGCCUCGCUUUAGGGAUGUUUUGAUGGUACGUUCUCGAAAGGUUGCCAUCACUGACGGGUCCAAUUCAACUGCUGCUUCCGGUGUGAUAGAUUCUGGGGAUGCGUCUUCCUUGGCGCUCCGUCGAAGGAUGAUGAUGCAAGUCCCACUCCCGUUCGCUGUUUGCAGUCUGUGAAGGAUUCACCAGUGAUGUGCAGUUAGGGGAAGAAACUUCCCCUCCUCUGAUACUCUCUGACGUAGAAUCUCUUCUCGCUUGAUUCAGUGGAUAAAGCCAAAAGAAUUCUUGGCGUUUCUGCGACGUUAGUGGAAGGCUGCCUGCGUAGUUGAGCAUGUUCUUUGUGGUCUCCGGUUCAAGUCGCCGAUUCCUGAGGAAACAUGGUGUAUCAUUGCCUUCUCUUUCUCCAGUGUUAGAUGGCCGGGGCGAGAUGAGCUCAUGCCGGAAGAAGCAAUUGCCUUGAUGAGAAGAAAGAUUCUUCAGAGAGAUGUUAAGGCACCCUCUUGAUUGAUUCUUUCGCCUCCUCCUCUGAUGUAAUAAAUUGUCUUAUAUUCUUUUACCUUCUCAUUGCGUUAUCAACUGCAAGUUUCUUACAAAAUUGGAUACUGUCAACAGAGCAGGCACUUUGUUAGGCUUCCUAUGGGAAGAAAUAGAAGCACGGCAGCAUUCCUCCUUGAAAAGCACCAGACCCGAUAUGAUGGAUAGAAUCACAGAUGUUCAACUCCCUACUCUAGCGGAGCAGUCUGCUGAGAACAGCAGGGACUCGGUGUUUGUGAUCGGAUCUCCCCCCCCCCCCGUGACCCUAUUCUCUUUCAGAACUCUCUGGCAAGCCUUUCAGUAAGAACGGCUCUGUCACUGACAACAGUAAGAAAUUAAGAUAGUGAGUUAUUCCUGCUUUGGAGAAAUAUCAGCGCAUCAUAUUGUACGAUGGCUGUAGGUUGUUGUCCAUGAAGUUUUGGGUUGUGGGAAGUUCUACUUCCACACGGUUGAUCUAAAUCAGAGAGUAGCCUUAAUUCAGUGGCAACUCGCAUCCAAUCUUCAAGGCACUCUUGUCGUCAGUGCCCUUAUUCCUGCGAAGCUUGUCACUAUUCAUGGUCACUUCAUCCCAGAUGAUUCACGGAACAGAGCUUUGGUGAGACUAUGA